CACGAAAAAAUUAAAUGCAGUUUCUACUCAAUGAAAAUGCUGUGAAUAAGUUUAAUCAGCUUCAAGCUCGAGUAAAAAAUAAGCAACAGAGAGAGAAGUCACAAAAAACCGAAUAAACAACAACAAUUAGUGGCCAAAAGCACGAAACGGCAUUAAAAAAGUGACAAAAACAAAAGGUGUCGUGUAAAAAUGCGCCUGAAAAAUUACAAAAUUCAGCAAACAUAAACAAAAAACAAAACCGUGUACAAAGAUCAACCUUCGAGGUUUAAAAAAUUUUUCCGCCUAGAAAAUAGUUAUAAUAAUCAAAAAAGAGGUGGCCGAAAGAUGAGAUUGAAAUGAAAAUCCGGCAGCUCUAAUCACAACAAGCGAUCGUGAAAAUAACCGAAACAAAAACUAAAUGAAAAUGCGAAAUCACAAGGAGAACGGAAACGGCUCGGAUCUGAGUGAUCCCAAGGUGGCCGGGCAGAAAAACUUGGCCAAAAUGGAGCCGGAGAACAACAAUAAGAUUUCGGUGGUGUCCAAGCUCCUGCUGAAGGAUAGUAAUGGGGCUACCAGUCGCAGCAGCAAUGGCAACAUCAGCAGCAGCAACAUAAGCAGCAGCAACAUCAGCAGCAACAGCAACAUCAAUAGCAACAGCAACAGCAACGCCAGCUUCAGUUCCGCAUCGGUCGCCGGCUCAGUACAGGAUGAUAUGCCGCACCACAACAGCAGCCAAUUGAGUCAACUGAGCCAGCACCACCAGUCGAUUGACCAGUGCGGACUCACCCAGGCCGGAUUGGAGGAGUACAACAACAGAUCCUCCUCGUACUACGACCAGACGGCCUUCCACCACCAGAAGCAGGCCUCCUAUGCCCAAUCCGAGGGCUACCACAGCUAUGUGUCAAGUUCGGAUUCCACAUCGGCCACGCCAUUUCUGGAUAAAUUACGUCAGGAGAGCGAUCUUCUGUCGCGGCAGUCGCAUCAUUGGUCGGAGAACGACCUCUCCUCCGUUUGUAGCAACUCGGUGGCGCCAUCGCCCAUUCCGCUCUUGGCCCGCCAGUCCCACCCCCAUUCCCAUUCCCAUUCGCACUCCCAUUCCCAUUCCAACUCCCACUCCCACGGCCACGCCCACUCCCAUGCCAACUCCUCCGCCUCCUCAUCCAGUUCGAGCAACAACAAUAGCAUCACCAUCAGCAACGGCAGCAGCAGCAACAACAACAACAGCUCGGAGAGCACUUCCUCCACGGAAACCCUCAAAUGGCUGGGCUCCAUGAGCGAUAUUUCCGAAGCAAGUCAUGCCACCGGCUAUAGCGCCAUCGCCGAAUCAGUUUCCUCCUCGCAGCUGAUUGUGCACAGCUCCCGGGUGCUGACCCCCAAGCGCCAUCAUAGCGAGAGCGUGCUGUACCUGCACGACAACGACUCGGUCCCGGCGACCUCGCCCACUGGCAGCAACUCCUCCGAGACGAUCUCCGAGGAGGGCAGUGGCGAGCCACCAGUGGUGGUGCAACCACUCCGCAUCCAGCACCGCCACAGUCCCAGCUAUCCGCCCGUGCACACCUCAAUGGCGCUGCACCACUUCGAGCACCACCAGCUGCAGCAGGAUCACCAGCUCCAACGCCACCACACCAACACACAAAGUUCCUUGCUGGAGUUGGCCUCGCCCACGGAGAAGCCUCCUCGCUCCCUCCUCGGCCAGUCCCACUCCAUGGGCGAUCUCCAGCAGCAGCAGCAGCAUCAGCAUCUGGGCAGAUCCGCUGGCCAGCAGCACAAGUCCAGCAUUUCGGUGACCAUUUCCAGCAGCGAGGCGGUGGUCACCAUUGCACCCCAACCGCCGGCUGGAAAGCCCAGCAAGCUGCAGUUGUCCCUCGGAAAGUCAGAGGCACGCAGCUGCAGUACACCCAACAUGGGGGAGCAGAGUCCCACGAACAGCAUCGAUUCCUACCGCAGCAACCACCGCCUGUUCCCGGUGAGCACCUACACGGAGCCGGUGCACAGCAACACCUCGCAGUACGUGCAGCAUCCCAAGCCGCAGUUCAGCUCCGGGCUGCACAAGUCCGCCAAACUUCCUGUGAUAACGCCAGCGGGGGCCACUGUGCAGCCCACCUGGCACUCGGUGGCCGAGAGGAUCAACGACUUUGAGCGAAGCCAGUUGGGCGAGCCGCCCAAGUUCGCGUACUUGGAGCCCAGCAAGAUGCACAUCAUCUCGAAUCCGGCCUUGAAGGCCCUGCAGAAGAACGCGGUGCAGUCCUACGUGGAGCGGCAGCAGCAGCAGCAAAAGGAGGAGCAACAGCUGCUGCGUCCGCACUCGCAAUCGUAUCAGGCGUUGCAUGUGGAGCGCAAGUCUCUGCCGAACAACCUCAGUCCCAUAAUGGUGGGUCUGCCCACGGGCAGCAGCUCCUCGUCGACGCGGGACUGCAGCUCACCCACUCCGCCGCCACCGCCGCCCCGCUCGCGUAGCCUGCUGCCCAAUCUCCUGAGGCGCUCCAGUUCGGCCUCGGACUAUGCCGACUUCCGGGAACUGCAUCAGGCUCAGGGGCAGGUGAAGGCGCCCAGCAUAAGGAACAUAAGCAAUGCCGAGAAGAUGUCCUUCAAUGACUGCGGAAUGCCGCCACCACCGCCACCGCCCAGGGGUCGAUUGGGUGUCCCGACCAGACGCACUUCCUCGGCCACGGAAUACGCUCCCAUGCGGGACAAGCUGCUGCUGCAGCAGGCCGCCGCCUUGGCCCACCAGCAGCAUCACCCUCAGCAGCACCGCCACGCCCCACCACCCCAUGCGCCGCCCGAGCGUCCGCCCAAGCAUCCCAAUCUCCGGGUGCCAUCGCCGGAGUUGCCGCCGCCGCCGCAUAGCGAACUUGACACCAGUUACACGUUCGAUGAGCCACUGCCGCCGCCACCGCCGCCGGAAGUGCUCCAGCCACGCCCACCGCCCUCGCCCAACCGGCGGAACAGCUUCGCUGGCCCAUCCACAGCCACAUCCACACGUCGCACCGCCUACGCAGCACCGCCGCCCCCAGCGGGCUCCAUCGCUCCCAAGGUGCCACCGCUGGUGCCCAAGAAGCCAACGAGCUUGCAGCACAAACACCUGGCCAACGGAGGAGGAGGCGGAGGCGGGAGUCGCAAGCGACCGCACCACGCGACGCCGCAGCCCAUCCCCGAAAACGUGGCCAGUCCCGUGGCGCCACCGCCGCCUUUGUUGCCGCGUGCCAGAUCCGCCGCCCAUGACAACGUGAUCGCCAGCAACCUGGAGAGCAACCAGCAGAAACGAUCGAAUUCCAAGGCUUCAUAUUUGCCGCGCCAGAGUCUGGAGAAGCUGAACAACACAGAUCCCGACCAUGGCAUCUACAAGCUCACCCUGACCUCCAACGAGGACCUGGUGGCCCACACGAAGCCCAGCUAUGGAGUAAGUGGAAAACUGCCCAACAAUCUGCCUGAUGUCCUGCCGCUGGGCGUCAAGUUGCAACAGCAGCCAAAGUUGCAGCCAGGAUCGCCUAAUGGCGAUGCGAAUGUGACCCUGCGCUAUGGCUCCAACAACAAUCUGGCUGGGAACUCCCCCACGAGUGCCACGCCCCCCUACUACGCUGGAGGGCAGCGGUACUCCACUCCGGUUUUGGGUCAGGGAUACGGAAAGAGUCCGAAAUCCGCAACCCCGCAGCAAUACACGAGAUCUCAGUCGUACGAUGUGAAGCACACAAGUGCGGUGACCAUGCCGCCGAUGUCCCAGUCCCACGUGGACCUCAAGCAGGCCGCCCAUGAUCUGGAGACGACGCUGGAGGAGGUCCUGCCACCCAGCACGCCCACACCGCCACGCCUCUCGCCGGCCUCCUCGCACUCGGACUGCAGUCUGAGCACCAGCUCCCUGGAGUGCACGAUCAAUCCUAUAGCGACACCGAUUCCUAAGCCCGAGGCGCACAUCUUCCGUGCCGAGGUGAUCAGCACCACCCUGAACACGAACCCGAUGAUACCACCCAAGCCCACGAUGAACCGCCAGGAAUCCCUGAGGGAGAACAUCGAGAAGAUCACGCAACUCCAGUCGCAGCUGAUGUCGGCGCAUCUCUGCGACACGGGGCUAAUAGGUGGCUACACCAGUCCCCUGAUAACCAGUCCCACAGCCAGUUUCGUCAACGAACCACUGAUGACACCGCCGCCACCGCCCAGUCCACCGCCCCCGGAAGAGGAGGAGGACAUGUCCUCCGACAGGGAGCCCGAGAUCAAGGAACUGCAGCUGAUGCAGCGCAGCGAAUUGGUCCUGAUGGUGAACACCAAGCCCAGCACAACGGAUAUGGCCUGCCAAACGGACGAACUGGAGGACAGGGACACGGACCUCGAGGCGGCACGCGAGGAGCAUCCGACCAGGACCACUCUCCAGCCCCGCCAGCGACAGCCCAUCGAACUGGACCACGAGCAGAUGAGCCAGGAGCUGGCGAAGCUCCUACCGCCCGGCGACAAGCUCGCCGACAUCCUGACACCAAAGAGCCGCAAGCCCACCUCGCACUACGUGAGCAAUCUGUACAAUCCGGAUGUGCCCCUGCGACUGGCCAAGCGGGAUGUGGGCACCUCCACGCUGAUGCGGAUGAAGGCCACCACGUCGUCGACGGAGAUCCGGGUGGUCAGUGUGGAGCUGCAGCUGGGCGAGCCUAGCGAAGAGCCGACGAAUUUAAUCAAACAAAAGCUGGAUGAGCUCAUCAAGCAUUUGAACCAAAAAAUUGGCUCUCUGAAGCGCGAGCAGCAGACGAUUGGCGAGGAGUGCUCGACCAAUGACAAGCUGGGCCAGGAGCUCUUCGCCAAGCUGGCGGAGAAGGUGCGGCCCAGUGAGGCGUCCAAGUUCCGUACCUACGUCGACGACGUGGGACACAUCACCAGUCUGCUCCUGUCGCUUUCCGAGCGUUUGGCCCAAACGGAGUGCAGCUUGGAAACGCGCCAGCAGGAAAAGGGUGCGCUGGAAUCGAAGCGGGAUCUGCUGUACGAGCAGCUGGAGGAGGCGCAGCGGCUGAAGGCGGACAUCGAUCGACGUGGCGCCAGCAUCGCUGGAUUGCUGGGCAAAAACCUCAGUGCCGAUAUGUGCGCCGACUACGACUACUUCAUCAACAUGAAGGCCAAGCUGAUCGCCGACGCACGCGACCUGGCCGAAAGGAUCAAGGGCAGCGAGGAGCAGCUGGGCUCCCUCAGCGAUGCGCUAGUCCAAAGCGAUUGUUAACUUGGCUAACUUGGCCGAUUCGAUUCGAUUCUCCCAGCUGUCAACUCAAAGUUGAGAGCCGAUCGCGAGAGUCCGCAGGAUCCGCCAGUCCAGUCCGCAAUGUGUAUUAGUUUAAAACGAUGUGCUUAAUUACCACACCCACACUAUAAUGUAUAAAUAUUGUAUGUUCAUUUGUGAUUUUCAACUAGCUAGUAGGUUAAUUAUUCUAUAUAUCGGCCGCAUAGGUGUAAGCAUUUUCUACAUAAUUAUCAAAGCAAAGAUAAACUGUAUGCAUUAAUAAAACCAUGAAAACUAUAAGUGUCA